UUGCGGACGGGGAUGCAGAGCCUGCGGCCGGAGCCCGCCGCCCGGUACCGGAACGUGCUGGAGGCCCUGUGGCGCAUCGCCCGCACCGAGGGCGUCUGGCGGCCCAUGCGGGGCAUGAACAUCACCGCCACCGGCGCCGGCCCGGCCCACGCCCUCUACUUCGCCUGCUACGAAAAGUUAAAAAAGACGCUGAGCGACGUUAUCCACGCGGGGGGCAAUAGCCAUGUGGCCAACGGUGCAGCCGGGUGUGUAGCAACGUUGCUCCACGAUGCAGCCAUGAACCCUGCUGAAGUGGUCAAACAGAGGAUGCAGAUGUACAACUCGCCUUACCAGCGUGUGACGGACUGUGUGCGGGCUGUGUGGCGCAACGAAGGGGCCGGAGCUUUCUACCGCAGCUACACCACCCAGCUCACCAUGAACAUCCCCUUCCAAGCCAUUCACUUCAUGACCUACGAGUUCUUGCAAGAGCAGCUCAACCCCCACAGACAGUACAACCCAGGCUCCCAUGUGGUCUCCGGAGCCUGUGCAGGGGCUGUUGCUGCCGCUGCCACUACGCCUUUGGACGUUUGCAAAACGCUGCUCAACACCCAGGAGUCCCUGGCCUUGAGCUCCAACAUCAGCGGACACAUCACAGGCAUGGCCAAUGCCUUCAGGACGGUGUACCAAGUGGGUGGCGUGACCGCCUACUUCAGAGGGGUCCAGGCAAGAGUCAUUUAUCAGAUGCCCUCAACGGCAAUCGCCUGGUCUGUGUACGAGUUCUUCAAAUACAUCCUCACCAAGCGCCAGGAGGAGCGGCGGGCUGGGAAGUGAGCCAGAGCCAAACGCUGUUCCAGACCUGCUUCAUCUCCCCUCCUGGUUUGUCUUCUGACCCCUCUCCCUUUCGGUUCGGUUUGUUGAAGAGAGGAGGCGGCGAAGCCCUUCGGGGUUUAGCACUGCCGUUUUUUGCCUGUGGCUGCUGCAGCUCUGCUCAGGCUGCACGGCUUGCUCUCUCCCAGGGUCCUCUGAGAUGUCCCACUGGGAGUUCCAGCCCAGGUCACAUCCCCUGGCACUUCGGUGGAGCUGUGCUCCUGUCCUUCCCUUAACCAAAACCUCCUCUCACGCAAAGCUCGCCCCUCCUUGGAGGGGAAAGUGAAUGUCCUGCCCUGCCUCUGGCAGGGCCAAGCUGAGCUCACAGUCGCCAAGGAGGGGGCAGUGGCAGCACUGCCCGGGAUGCUGGGGACUUUGUAUGGCUUUUGGCUGAAGCAAAGUGUAAGCCUUGCCGUUGUCUUGUAGCACGCACACGCGAUGCUGACUGCCCCGCUGGUGGUGGGAGGGGGAGGAUGGCACUUGAGGAGGGGAGCCUGUAGGUUUGUUGUUGUUCCUGCUCUUGACACCUCCAAUAAAAACAGUUCUGCUCUA